AUGAUUUCCAUUACAGGUAGAAUUAAAGAGUCCCAACAGAAAAGAGUAUUAGAUGAAGCAGCUCGAAAAAGAAGACAAAGAAAAGCUUUAGAAGCUCUUGAAUCUGAUAACUUUCAAGAUGAUCCUCAUGCUGAUUUGAAAAUGAGUAAAAAAGCACCAAAGUUUGAAGAAUCAAUCAAUGAAGGAAGUAUGAAUGUGAAAAAGAAAAGGAAGUCCAAAGGAGAGUUUAAACAAAGAUAUCGUAAAAAUUUUGCUUCUUUAUUGGAAGAAGAGCAACUACAAAAUAAAGAUCCACCAAAUUAUUUUAGUGCUGCUGUUCCACCAUCUUCACUUCCUCCCAGACAUUUCUGUGCUGUAUGUGGAUAUCCUUUUUAUUUCAUCCAGUUCUCAUGUGGUGCUAGAUAUUGCUGUGUUCGAUGUUUAGGUACACAUCAAGAUACUAGGUAA